UUGAAAAGUUAGAGAUCUCAAAGAAGGAAAGAAAGCUGCAGUGUGGUACAAAUCUAUCUACGUUCUUCUCACGUACAAGUCUGCUUCCACAAAGCUUCCCAAGCCACAAGAACAUUCUCAAGUUGAUUUCCAACUUCAAACCCGUGUAAGAAAGGCCAACAUAAAUUCCCUCUCUGUAUAGAUUUAUAUAUCUACACAUCCUUUUCUAGUUCUAUUAUUCUAUAUCCAUAAGUUGAAGCUGCAACAAUCGAUCAAAUACUUAUCGCUUGAUUUCUUCGAUAUAUAUAUAUUUCACCACGGUCAUGUCUCCUCUCAAUACCAAUGACUUACACCGGAUAUUCGAAAAGCUGGACCUAAAUGGUGAUGGUUUAGUGAGCCUUGACGAGCUCAGUUGGCUUCUUGGGCGAAUUGGGGUGCAUAACACUGGCCGAGACGAGCUCAAAUUAUUGGUGGGGAAAACGAGUCUCGACCGUCUUGACUUUUUGUUCUUCUAUGAUGCCAUCCUCAAGCAAAACAUAGGUGAUGAUCAAUGUGAAGCGGGAGAGGAAAAUGAUGAUUUGGAGAGUGAUCUUGCCAAGGCUUUCGAGGUGUACGAUUUGAAUGGUGAUGGAGUCAUUUCCUGCGAGGAGCUUCAAAGCGUUCUGUCACAAUUAGGGUUUUGGAACGAGCAUUGUGGCGGGGAUUGCAGGAGCAUGAUCAAGAGGUAUGAUACGAACUCGGAUGGGGUGCUUGAUUUCGAAGAAUUCAAGAACAUGAUGCUUAUCACCAAUCCUUGAGAAAUUCCUAGGACAUUCCUUAUGAAGAACUCAUGUCUAUCAAGAUUGUAAUUGUGAUUGUGGUUGUAAUGUACUCCUUCUGCUCUAUUUUGUUUGUCUCUUCUAGAAAAAUGUGCAUUUUGUGAAACGUAUAUAUUGUUUUAAAUAUUUUCAUAAGAUUUUUGCACCAAUUAAGAAAUGUAAUUGAGCUCUUUUGAUUGUGGGAAAAUCUUUGAGAACUAUUUACAGGAACAUAGUAGUUCUUCCGUCCUACAAAC